CUUUUCUUUUGUCUUUUCGGAUCUGGAUUUGAAAUUAAUGGCCAAUAUUGUAGCAGUUUUGUGGGUGUUGGUGAUCCUGAACGCAAUUCUACUCAAUGACUAUCAUUUAAGUAAAUCAGGAGUAGCAGUAAUCGUAUCAGCAGAAGCAUUGCCAGCAAUAGUACACCCGUUCUCCAAUACGCAUCUCUCUCGUUUUCAUUUGGAUAGCAGCUACAAUCACAAUGAGAGAUGGAAUGAUGCACAUAAUUGUAUUUCAUCAUCCCUACUGUCCUCUCCUACUGUAGCUACAACUGCAACAGCAACAGCUACAGCAGGCGUUGUGUUAGACCGGCGUCAGCUAAAUCCCAGUACUCCUUCAAGUUCAAUUCUUGUGCCCACUCCCUCACCAUCACCAUCAGAGACACAGUCCCCGCCUGAAGUAUCAGUAACGACAUCCACUGGAAGUGCACCUACUUUGGCUCCACCCAUAACAGCGCCUAGGCCAUCUGUUAAGCCAGGUUUGCUGACAGACUAUGAAUAUGAAAACUAUUGGGACCCCGAUCCAAACACUCUCCGAUUAGGGGUCCUAUUGUCCUUCAAUGAAAAUCCAGAAAAACGAGAGGCGGCCAUGGUUCGCAAUUCUUUGUCGUCUAUCCGUAUGGCAGUUAACGAUGUAAACCGAUUAGGGAUUAUUCCAGGAGUCAAUAUGUCUCUAAUGCUUCGUGACAGUCAGUACCCUGGUCAAUUUUCAUCAACUGGAGGUGCUGCAGCUAUUGCUGCAACUGGUUCCUUAAUAAGUGCCAAAUCUAACAGGGCAAAAAAAAAAAAUUCCCUUUCUUCUUUUGAUCCCUGCUAUCAUUUUUACUGUUGCUAUCAAUGUCUGAUUACAGUGAAUCCUAUACGACCAAGUGGCGCCAAGGGUGUUUAUGUUUUCAGGACUGCACCCACUAUCAUGGUCAUCAUUGAUGCUGUCUUUGAAGUGAUUCGACAUGCAGGGUGGGGACGUAUCUCUGUCAUUUAUGAUUCAAAUUUCUUAGAAUUUACAGCACGAGAUUACUUUUUGGAAAAAGCCAGAAGCAUGGGAGUCGUCAUAUUAGAAUUUUAUAGUCUAGUCAUAGAUGGUCCUACAUUUGACCCAACUUACAAAGAUAUCAAGAAGAUGAUCGAUAAUAACCAUUCCCGAAUUCAGGUCUUAUUUGCUAACUUUGUCGCCCAGUUUGGCGUACUCCGUGAAAUGAAAGACACUGGUUACAUGGGCCCAGAAUAUGGGUGGAUCACGAUGAAUGAUGUGACUGAACCAUUCAGAGGCGAUUCUAAUAACAAAGAAUACAAUGGAUUAAUCAUGAUCGAUAAUGGCUGGAAUAUGACUGGCUACACGCCUUAUGAUACCUUCUUCUCCAGUUGGAUGGGGCUGGACCCAAAGGAUUACCCUGGCGCUGCUCAGCCACGGUUGGAUCAUGGAGAAGUCAAUGCUUAUGCCUGUGUCAUGAUGAUCGCGCAUAUGUAUGGAGAGUUUGUACGACGUGAAAGCGCGUUAAAUCCUUCCUCACGUGACACAUUGAUCCGUCAAAUCAUUUCCGGUCAACAUUCGGGGGAAAUCGACGCCGCCAAAUAUUACGGUAAAGAUCCUUUUAUGGGUCCUUCUGGACCCAUCACUAUCAGUAAUAUAGGAGACAGGGUAGCCAGUAAUAUAUACGCCCUGAGCAUGAAAGAUGGUAGGAGUGUCCACUUUGCGACAAUUUUUGGCACAAACUAUACUUUGGUCAGAGAACCACCAUUCAAGGACGGAUACCCUUUCCCUCCAGCUGACGUGCCUACAGUGGCUAUCAGGAAUCCGAGCUGGACCAAUGCUCGGGGUAUUAUUUAUGGAAUAUUUUGUAUCUUGGGAAUCAUAAUCACCCUAGUUUCUAUGGGGAUAGUUUACUAUUAUCGCAACGAUAUCACCAUCAAAGCUGCUAGGUAAGUUUUGUAAAGUUUCAAGUAGCUUGUUAUUGUGUUAACUUUGGUCUAGUCAAAUAUUGGGGAGGGGGAAAAAAAAAAAGAAAAAAGAAAAAUAAUAAUAACUAUAAUAACUACAGUAACGAUAACAAUAACAAUUAUAAUAAUAUUAAC